AUGUUGAAUCCACUUGGAAAUCCUAUUGGCAUCGUUUCUGAUAUCAACGAAAACCGAUUACUGCCGCAUAUCGUCAAUAUUUCCUUUACAUUGCAUCAAGCAGGAAAAUAUAAAAUCCAUAUUCGCGUAGAUGGAAAUGAAAUUUCCAAUAGUCCAUUUCAAAAGGAAUUUCUAGCAGGGCCUGCUGAUCCUCAGCAAUCGACGAUUGGCAUUGCUAGCUCCAUUAUUGUUGUAACUCGUGAUGUUGUGCAUUCCUUGCAACUUGACUGCAGAGAUAAAUUUGGAAAUUAUUGUAAAGCAAUGGAAAAUCGAUUUGAUCUGAAGCUUACGAAGAUUGGGAAUCCUUCUGCUCUAACUAACACCGAGUUAGCCUUGAGUGAGCAAAAAUUGGAAACGAAAGUCAUUGGAGAAGAGGGUGCCUAUAAAGCUCAGCUUCUAUAUGAUUCCGUAAUCUUAAAGAAUGGCGAUUUUACUUUAGUUGUUUUAAGUAAUGUUGAUGGCGCCAAAUUACAUAAGGAAAUUGGAAGAAAAAAGAUGAAUGUUACCUUUGAAGCAAAACUAGCGAGCAAGGAAAACAGCUACCUUGAUUUUAGCAAGAAGCCGAAGAAAGUCCACUGCAGUAUUUCAGCCAGACAAAUUAAGGUCCGAGAAUAUUACCUUAAAGUUUUCUCCAAUAACGUGUGUUCAUUUCGCGUAUUGCCUUCAACAAAGACUUUGGUCAUUGAUGAUGGUAUUCAAGCUCCGUUAUCCGUUGUGUGUAAGGAAAAGUAUCUCUUCCUGGCAACAUAUGCAACUUUCUUGAAUAGAAAAUUUGUGGGUGGCGACACAUUUGCCAUGAAAAUGUCCUAUUUCCAACAAGAAUUAGCAGCUUUAAACAUCAAGCGAUCUCAAAGUAAAUAUGCUGUAUCCAUUUCACGCCAACAUGCCUUGAGAGAUAGCAUGAAACAACUGAAGAAUGCUUCCGCAUCCGAUUGGUGUCGCCCAUUUCAAAUUAAAUUUCAGGGUGAACAAGCUGAAGACCUAGGUGGAGUAUUGCGAGAAUGGUUUCAUGUAUUGAGUCGAGCUCUAUUUGCACCAUCUAAUCAAUUAUUCGUUGGCUUUCGAGAUGAUAAUCAAGCUCUGGUUCGUCCUAACAACGCUCGUCCUCCAGAAUUCGCUAAAAUUAAAUAUUUCGAAUUUGCUGGUAAAAUUGUUGGUAAAUGUUUACUUGAGUCUGCAAUUACUCGAGAUUCAAACUGCUAUAUUCGAGCUUGCUUUGCCCGUUCAUUUUUGGCCCAAAUAUUAGGACUUCGUGUACAUUAUAAGCAUUUUGAAAAUGACGAUCCAGAAUUUUUUACCAACAAGAUUCAGUACAUUCUUAGCAACGAUAUAGCCGACUUAUCACUGGUCUUUGCUGAAGAAAUUUACAGCUCGGAUGGAAAAUUAGAAAAGAUUAUUGAAUUAAAGCCCAAUGGCAAGAAUUGUGUCGUUAACAAUGAUAAUAAGAUUGAAUACUUGGAUCUACUAGCUCAGCAAAGGCUGUGUAAAGAAAUACAAGAAGAAAAGAACGCUUUCUUGAAAGGCCUAAAUGAUUUGAUACCUGAUUCUCUUCUCAGUAUUUUUGAUGAAAAUGAAUUAGAGCUCUUAAUAUGUGGUACUUGCGAAUAUGAUAUUAACGAUUUGAAGUUAAAUCAUGCUGUCAUCGGUAGAACAUCUGAGUUUGAAAAGAUUUUAUCUUGGUUUUGGAGCACCAUUGCCAAUUUUACUCAACAAGAAAUGGCAAGGUUACUACAGUUUGUCACAGGAUGUUCACAACUUCCACCUGAGGGAUUCUCUGAAUUAUCUCCUAAAUUUCAAAUUGUCAAUGCUAUGGUUACUGGAACAUUACCCACCGCUCAUACAUGCUUCAACGAAUUAUGUUUACCGAUAUACGACUCACUAGAUGACAUGCAACAUAGUUUACUUAUUGCUAUCAAUGAAGGGAGUGAAGGAUUUGGCAUGUCUUAA